GCACAGACUGUUGCAUCAUGGGAUCCCGGCACGUUAAUGCAGUCACACAAACUGUAGCACAAGAUCCUCCACGCUGUAGCUGCUCUGCUAUUGGCUCGUCGGCAUCGGAAGGCCGAGUGACAACGUCUGCCGAACAAAAGACAAGAGGGACCCACAGAGGCAGCCAGCCGGAGACAGAGACGCUCCUGACGGGCGGCGUGCCGGGCCAGCGGAGUCGGACAGCACACUGCAGAUACCGGAGUCUUCAAAACGAGCAGGGCGAGUUACAGCAGCCGUUCUGGUUAUUCUGGUUCAUAUUGUAGUCAUUCAUCGGAGCGUCAUCCGCAAGUAACCGAAUGAGGAAACCGCUCUGCUUUGCGUUUUCUCGCUUCCUGUCUCGUCUAUAGUUGUCAUCUCUCGACUCAGCAGCGAGCGGAAAGAGUUUCAGACGAGCGUCAUGGUCGCCGGCGAGCUCGUGCAGGAGCAUCUGCGCGCGGACACUGGCUCACCUGACGACAUCACGCUGGACAAGAAGACUCCCGAGCUGCGGGGAGCAACCGAACGAUGCGCGGAUGCGACAUGCGGAGCGGCGCCAGCGUGCGCGGCUGGGGAGACACGCACCGAGCCGGCGCUGCAGCAGGAGAAGGAGGCGCCGGCGGAUGAAAGAGAGGCGAUGCUGCCUAACGGAGCAGGAGCAGGAGGUGGGGAGGAGGACGAGAGGAAGCCGCGGGAGACCAGGCUGUACCGGCGCCGCUUCGCCGUGCUGACGGUUUUCAGCCUGUACUCGCUGCUGAACGCCUUCCAGUGGAUCCAGUACAGCAUCAUCACCAAUGUGUUCACUGAGUACUACCAGGUGACCAACGACAAGGUGGACUGGCUCUCCAUCGUCUACAUGGUGACUUAUGUGCCGCUCAUAUUCCCGGCCACCUGGCUUCUGGACCGCAAGGGUCUCCGGCUCACGGCCCUGCUGGGCGCCGGCCUCAACUGCGCAGGCGCCUGGCUGAAGUGCGCCAGCGUGAGCCGCGAUCGGUUCGGUGUCACCGUCACCGCGCAGGUCAUCUGCGCCGUGGCGCAGGUGUUCAUCCUCGGCCUGCCGUCCCGCAUCGCCUCGGUGUGGUUCGGACCCCGGGAGGUUUCUACGGCGUGCGCCACGGCCGUGCUCGGGAACCAGUUGGGAACAGCCAUCGGCUUCCUGUUGCCUCCAGUUUUGGUUCCCAUCACGAGCGACAUUGUGGUGACGGGUCACAACAUCAGCAUCAUGUUCUACGGCACUGCUGCUGUGUCCACGGCCCUCUUCAUCCUCACGGUCAUAGUCAUAAAGGACCGUCCCACCCUCCCUCCCAGCCACGCCCAGGCUGUCCUGCCGGCCUCUCCUACUGAAGAUUACUCCUACAAACAGUCCAUCCUCAACCUCAUAAAGAAUAAAGCGUUUGUCCUCCUGCUCAUCAGCUACGGUAUAAUGACCGGUUCCUUCUACUCUGUCUCAACACUUCUCAACCAGAUGAUCACGGCCUGCUAUACGAACCAGGAGCUGAAUGCUGGGAGAAUCGGACUGACUCUGGUUGUUGCUGGAAUGGUGGGCUCCAUCCUCUGUGGCUUGUGGCUGGACCACACAAAGACAUACAAGAUGACGACUCUCAUCGUGUACUGCCUGUCUUUCCUGGGCAUGGUGGUCUUCACCUUCACUCUGAACCUGAACAACAUCUACCUGGUCUUCUUCACUGCUGGAAUCCUGGGGUUCUUCAUGACGGGUUACCUGCCGCUGGGCUUUGAGUUUGCAGUGGAGAUCACCUACCCGGAGUCUGAGGGAACGUCGUCAGGACUCCUCAAUGCCUUUGCUCAGAUAUUUGGGAUUAUUUUCACUCUGAUCCAGGGCAAGCUGACCACAGACUACUAUCCACUCAUUGGAAAUCUCUUCCUCUGCGCUUGGAUCUUCCUUGGAAUUGUGCUCACUGCCUUAAUUAAGUCGGAACUGAAAAGACACAAUGUCAACAUGGGAGCGGACAGCAAACACCUGCAACUUCCCACUGAAUGUCCAGGCGACUGCCCUUCAGAGGCGAAAACCAACGGCGUCAAGCUGGAGCCCUCCGUCAGCUUCUCCCAUGAAACCUCGCUGUGACCGUGCCAAGUCACUGCAUCGCAGGACAGAAGGCCUGCUGCCCGGGAUACGUGUUGGCGCCACAGUCUGUGUGACGUACAUGAAGGUGCACUUGAUUUUUUUUUUAUUGCCAAGCAUAAUCUCCUCGAUAAAUGAAAGGCUGGAGGUUCUCGGUGUGAGCUCAGCCUAAUCAAGCACAGCCACAAUCUACAGUCAGAUGGGUGACCAAAUGUACUCUCAAAACACUUACAGAAGAUGCAUUACCUCCAACUGACAGAACUUUGGGUUUCAUCCUGUGUAUUGGUUGAAAAGUAUGCAUGCAAUGACAUGCAGAAGAAGCUCCGCUGCACUUUAUUCGUAUUGUCGGCGAGGCAUGGCGCUCCUGCUUUGGUUACUGUAUGUAAAUUCGGUCUCUAAGGAAAACAAGCUGGCCAAACAAGUUCCUGACGGUCAUACAACACGUGAAGUUCCUGGAGUCUUCAGAGCCGGAGAGCCGUACUGUUUGGUUUUGUACUUCAGCCACUUCAGCCUGCUGCACAGGGCUGACAUUUCCUGAGUUUACUUGAAUCAUCUUGAAUCAAGCUCUGGACUAAAGUUGUUGAGCACACUGCAAAUGUUGUUAAUGUCGCUUCAUUUGGUUUCUUCUGUACAUGUGACACUGGUUAUGGAAACAUCACAUCUGAAAUCUGUUUUCAAGCUCGGUUUACAUAAAUCACGUUUAUUUAAUGCUGCACAUGUCGAGUCAAGAAGGAGCUGCGAAUCACUUUACCUGUAAAAUAACGGGCCAGUGCUUUGGCCAAUGAUACGACAGCAAGUCCGAGGAGGCACCUGGAAGUAAAUGCAGCUCAAGUCUGAAACCAUCCGGAAAUCCUCACAGGUUUUCUUUUGCAGCUUCCUCUUUGACACGGGUUUACAUGUGGCUUUCAUAUGCUGUCAUCCACAAAUAGGAGUUCAGUUCUUCCACUGUGACUGACGGCACCUACCUGCUACAGGUAAAACAAACAAACAAACA